AUACGAGAGCACGAGUGAACAUUCGUGUAUGUGUGCAUGCAUGUUGUCGUAUGAAUGUGGAAGGAGUUAAUCUCCCAAUAUCUUGUUUUGUUCCAGAUCCGUGUACCCAGAGACGUUUUGUAUAUGCCCGAGACAGGCGCCAAAAGAUGGACUAUUACCCUUCUGAUUCUGGAAAGUCGUGUGAGACAUGGGUUAUUCGCAACACUGACAGCAGCAAGUACAUCAACUUUCAACUAGACACGACCGAAUUUCGCAUUGGUUUUCUUUACGAGUCGUGCCCAGGUGUCCAAAUUUCUAUGGAGGAAUAUGAGAUCCCUUUUAUACAAGGUACCAGAGUUCAUCUAAACAGACUUAACGGCUACAAAAUCUCUUCCCAUUCAACCAAUGGUUCAGUGGGGAAAUCAUUGAUCAUUGAGUUUACAGUUCUGCCACAUUUCAGAAGCCAAGGUUUCAUUGGGUUUUUCCAGCUCAAGGACUCAGCUCAAGAUCAGCAGCUGACUAAGGAUAUCAGCGGUUCGGAUACCAUGAGCACUCUAGGAGGGCCUAUUGGGGCUUCGAUCUUCCUUGUUAUAGCUUUCUUAUUUUGCUUCUUGUUUGCCUGGAUUAAAAGGCACCGACAAAAGAGACAGGCCAACCGUGACACGCUAAAUCGGACAAUUGCCGCAGUGCAUAGGCGAGGGUCUUCCAUAUAUACCGUGAGACCAGAAGUAGAGGAUAUUUCUAGCCUCCCACCUCCAUACGCCUCCUACGCCAGCCCUGGAUAUGAUCUGGAACCUCCUCAGUAUCCAGCCACGGAACGUGACAUCAGCCUCACAAAUCAGCGCCAGGACUCUCCUCCCAGUUAUGAUUUUAUGGAUUCUCCAUGGGAAUAUGAAGAGCCCCCGCCGUACUCAACGCACGCGUUCAACAAUUACAAUGGAAAUGAAAACGAAGGAGCGGAGGCGACCAGAAGUGUCAUCAGUGCCGUACAGUAUGACAACCGGGAAGAGCCUAGAGUCAGUAUGCUUAAUGACGGUGUACCAGUCUACCAGUUCGUCUCCAGAUUCCAGGACCAGGGAGGGGAGAACCUCUACAACAACCCGAGCCAAAGCAACACGGACGAGCCACCUGAUUACCACCAGACUGAGUCUCCCGCUUACAGUUCCAUAUGUUGAACGACUACCCUCCAACACCUCCUUAUGGGGACACUCAAACACUCCUCUAAUGUGAUUUUUUUUUCUAGUAAGUGUUUUACGGCCCUCGCAACUGCAUAUGAGCGCGC